GAAGACACACAAGUCAAUUAUUCUCCAUUUCGGAUUCGCCGCCCACUGAGUACACUAAAGUGGCUACGCAACCCUUCUCUCUCUCCCAAAAGUUGAUUGUUUGCGCUCUUUGUUUUUGUAAGAAAAUGGAUGAUGACUGUAACUCCUCCGGUCAUCUGCCAACGAUUAUGGUGACGAACGACGAUGGAAUUGAUGCGCCGGGUUUGCGAGCUCUAGUUCGCGUCAUCGUCUCCACCGGUUCUUAUCAGGUUCUAGUCUGCGCGCCUGAUUCGGAAAAGUCAGCUGUUAGUCAUAGUAUCACUUGGCGUCAUGCUGUUUCUGUCAAGCGAGCAGAGAUUGAUGGAGCAACAGCCUUUGCAGUUUCUGGUACUCCAGCAGAUUGUACUUCUUUGGGGAUCUCCAAAACACUCUUCCCUUCAGUACCUGAUCUGGUUGUCAGUGGCAUAAAUAUGGGAAGCAACUGUGGUCUUCACAUUGUUUACUCUGGGACGGUAGCUGGUGCAAGAGAGGCAUUUUUCAAUGGUGUGCCUUCAAUCUCUCUGUCAUAUGAGUGGGUUGGAGGUAAGAGCAAUAUUGAUGACUACACCCUGGCCGCGGAGGCUUGCUUACCCAUCAUAAAUGCAAUAAUGGCCGAGAUCAAGAAUCAAACUUAUCCUCAGAGAUGCUUUUUGAAUAUAGAUGUACCAUCAAAUGUUGUUAAUCAUAAGGGAUAUAAGUUGACUAAGCAGGGCAAGAGUAUUUUCAAAAUGGGGUGGAGGCAGGUCACUUCUGAUGCCCAAGGAGGGAAAAUGUUAUCAACUAUGACAAUGGAUACGAAUCCAGCAUUUACAGAAACAGAUACUUCAACUGUAUCACAAGAGCAACUUGUAUUCAAGAGAGAAGUAAGAGGAGCUCAUGUUGACGAGGACGAUACAGACUACCGAUCUCUUCAAGAAGGAUAUAUAACUGUCACUCCACUUGGAGCCCUAUCUCAAGCAGAGAUUGAGUGCCAGGAGUACUUCAGACAAUGGAUACCAGGCGUGGCUGAUCGCUCCUCUUCCUCGGCCUUGUGAUGAUUUAAAAUUAUAGCCAUGCAACCUCUCAGCGAAUUACGUUGAAAGGACAUACACAUGACGAUUCAAAGGGAUUUGUACCUCAGAAUUGUUGAAGUCGCUCUUUAGAUUUAUCUCUAAUAACCAUUUUCCUGCUUACUGAUUGGCGAGACAGUACGUAAUUGCAUUCAUUUCAGAGUUAAAGAAAACCUAAACAUUGAUGAAAUGCUUGUUAUCUGAUUUGGAGGGAAAGCCUCCAUUUCCUGUAUGGUGAAGAUACACAUAUUGAUGAAAUGCUUGUUAUCUGAUUUGGCGAGAAAACCUCCAUUUCCUGUAUGGUGAUACACACAUUGAUCAAAUUUUACUAUAUUGUGAUUGUUCACAAUCUGAUGAACUUCACUACUA